AUGGCCGUACAAUCGAAAGCAGCCCCGCUCCCGCCCUGGGGUUUGGCUGUUGCUGGCUCUACUGGUGCAGUCCUGGCCAAUGCCCUGGUCUAUCCUUUGGACAUAGUCAAGACCCGUCUACAAGUUCAGAUUAAGCGGCAAGGUGGCCACGUCGAGGGCGACGACCCGCACUACGCGUCGACGUGGGAUGCGAUAACCAAGAUCGUUGCCGAAGAUGGACUACAAGGAUUGUAUGCCGGUAUGAGUGGUUCGCUCCUCGGUGUAGCAUCGACGAACUUUGCAUACUUCUACUGGUACUCAACGGUGCGGACGCUCUAUCUCAAGUCGCAAAAAGUCCCUGCGGCGCCAUCGACUGUGGUUGAGCUUUCUCUCGGGGCCGUUGCCGGUGCUCUCGCACAACUGUGCACGAUUCCCGUUGCCGUGAUCACGACCCGACAGCAGACGUCCAAGAAGCACGAAAGAAAAGGCUUUUUCGAGACGGGUCGCGACAUCAUUAACAGCGAGGAUGGAAUUACGGGGCUUUGGCGAGGCUUGAAGGCAAGCUUGGUGCUCGUGGUCAACCCUUCAAUCACAUACGGUGCAUACGAAAGAUUAAAGUCGGGCAUGUUCCCGGGGAAAACACGCCUGACACCAGGAGAGGCUUUCUUACUCGGUGCCAUGUCCAAGUCUCUGGCAACCAUUGCUACGCAGCCCUUGAUUGUUGCCAAGGUCGGACUGCAAUCCAGGCCUCCUCCGAUAAGGGAGGGAAAGCCGUUCAAGGGCUUUAUCGAGGUGAUGCAAUUCAUCAUCAAGCACGAGGGCACCGCCGGGCUCUUCAAGGGUAUAGGGCCACAGAUCCUGAAGGGACUGUUGGUACAAGGAAUCCUGAUGAUGACAAAAGAACGUAUGGAGUUAAUGUUCAUCUUGCUGUUCCGUUACGUGCGCCAGCUUCGGGCGAAACAGCUGGCAAAGGCUGCGGAAUUGGCGUCCAAGGCCAAGGUUGCUGUGCCUAUAAUAGCGAAAUAG